AUGGCUUUUACGUACGGAAUAUUGUUACUCGUCGUUGCACAAAUGAGUACAGCGUUCGCUCAUCCACCCUGUGCGUGCACCAGAAACUUCCAACCGGUGUGUGGCUCCGAUGCACAAACGUACAACAAUAAGUGCCUUCUCGAUUGUGCUUCCUCCCAGUCCGAAACAAAAAUCACAGUUUACAAAGAUGUUUCUUGCGAAUCUCUGCGAAUCCCCGACUCCUGCAUAUGCAACGCAAUUCACUUGCCCGUAUGCGGCAAUGAUGGUAAAACGUACUCUAAUGAGUGUGAUUUAAAUUGCAACAAAGAAAGAUUCAACAAAUUAUUGGUAGUAGAGCAUUCAGGUCCUUGUCAGAGCCACUGA